CGUCGGAUCUAUAUCAUGAAGCUUUUCAGUCUGGACGCACUCGAUCACGUGCUCAAUCGAUGCAUUUUCGUUGUUUUUAAAACUCUCAUUGUGAUGCUUCUAGGCGAUAGUAUUCCAGCAGGUCGACCAAGCAAUUGGGAUGAUAGCCGGAAGCCGAGUUUCUCAGGUCGACGCUCCCGUCGCAAUUCACUCAGUGAAGAAUCUCAGCUAACGAUCGAGAACUUUGGCGGUUCUCAGGAUCAGUUGAACACGAUUGGUCGUUUCGAUCGGGAACGAAAAAUUUCCAACACUAGUCUUACAUCGGUGGAACCAGCUACCCCGGUACGAUCCUCGCUAGCUGACGCUCGCGGUUCGAUCCAGUUCGGCUACGAUACCGAUUCUUCCGGUAAUGAGAAACAGGAUCGCGACACCGAGAAGCCCGUGCCAACGCUCCGGCGGCACAACAGUACCAAUCUACAUUCCAGUAGCGUUGAAAAAGACAUUAUCGAUGGCGAUAUGAGUUCAAAUUUUAGCGGCGGUAGUGGUGGAGUUGUCUCGGUAGCUGACGUGGAAACCACUCCACGGAGGAAAACAUCUUUUGCGACACUACCAAGUAACACGACUACGUGGCAGCAGCAAGCGAUAUGCGUGCAGAAAAAAGACGAAUCUGCUGACACCCAACCGGGUUACGAGGAUGCUAGCAAGAUUUCCACCAUUAAGCUAAAGCUGGAGGAAAAGCGAAGACUUAUCGAGCAAGAAAAGCGACGGAUUGAAACCGCCUGGUCAAAGCAGUUACAAACGGUUGGAAAACAAGCCUUUUUACAAGCUAUUAACAAGGGUAACAAGGGUGGCGGCAGCAUGUCGGAAUCGGACGCUUCCAAAGAGUCCGGUGAGACUGUGGUACUAGAGGACACUGGGGGUGCCGCGGUUGAUAAAGUUGAACGACCGUGUUCUCUCAAGGAUUUGGAUGAUCAAAGUAAAUACGAAGCGAAAUGGAAUGCACAGAUCAUCGAGCCCAAGAAAACACCGGAUUUGGAGAACAUGGACUUGGAACAGUAUCAACAAAGUAUUUCAAAAAUGAACUCCAACCUGCACGACAUCCAGGCUGACAUUCAGCGUUUAACCCAACAGCAGAGCCAGAUCCAGGCCCAAACCAUCCAGGCACAUCAGCUACUGCAUGCACAACAAAUCGCCAGUUUACUUAGCCAGCAAUACGGUUCCCAACAGAACAUUCAGCAAACGAUACACGGUACUUACCGACCUAUCAAUACUCAAUUGUUCGGCUCUAGUCCUCAUUUGCCGCAGCAACAGCACCCACAACAGCAGCAGCAAUCCCCAAUUAACUAUGGAUCGCGACCUCCCAGUCGUGAUCCGUACAUGUCACAACAGCAGCAACUACACACACUCCAGUACGUUAAUGAUCAGGGGCAAUAUACACAACAGCCUCAGCAGCAGCAGUAUCCCAACAUGGGGUACGAAAAUGGGCAGUACCGAAAGGAAAAUCAAUACUCUUCAAAUCCGUAUUUAAGUACGGAUCAACAGCAGCAACAAUUUUACCAGGACUCGAAUCACUAUCGGGACCCAUAUUUGAUGCAGGAAGUCAAAGAACCACCCAUCCAGCAACAACAACAACAACAGCACAAUCAAUUCUUUUUGCAUGACAGUAACUCGACGCUGCCACCACAACCCGCUCAGCGGCGGACGUGGGCACAAUCAGCUGCGGCUGCUGCCAAUCAACGUGGGGGUACCAGUGACAUAGCUCUGGACAUCAACGCUUGGAAUCAGGGUAUAAAGAGUUCACCGUACAACAAAUCUCCUAGUCAAAGUGGCUUUUCGCUACAUCAUAACGGUGACUCUGGUGCUGCCGACAGCUACGGUAACACGAGUCGACAUAGCGGCAGCCAGCAGUCAUUCCAAAAUCUGUUCGAAGUACACCACGGUUCUUCGAGUAGCCCCCAGCAUAACCGAGUUCGGAACCAAAUCUCACAGAUGAUAAGUCAUGGCAGCAGUAGCAAUUCUUCACCCAGUGCAGAAAACCGCAGUCAUAAUGAUAGUUUUCGAGAUAACCGAAGCAUGCCGCUGUCUCCGCCGAUUGACGAUAUGGCACCGCAAAGUAUUUCCUUUAUUGGUGAUGAGGACACCGGUGACAUCGAGAUAAACACAUCGAAGAACACCAGUUUCACUAGAAGACAGCAGCAACAGCAACAGCUGGAGCAGCUGUACGGUAGCAGUAAAACGGGCAGCAAGGUGCAGCACAACAGCAAUCAGGAGCUGGACAAGCAUUUGAAUAAGCUGAACAUCACCAGCGGCAAUCGUACCUAUAGGAUUCCAUCGCCUACGAGACCAACGAUAAAUUCGAAUAGUUUCCAUGACCCACAGCAAGAUGAUGUGAACGAGAAAGGUUUCUACAUCUCAUUUGACAACGAGCAGCCAAAGCGGCCCAAACCCCCAUUGCGAACCAAGCGUUCACCGAAGAAAGAUAAGCUAGACACAGAUCACAGCGAAAGAAACAAAGAGUCCGAAAGAUCCAGCCAUAGAGAGAACAAUCAAAAUAAUUUCGGCACCUUCAGCGUGAAAACGGCCAACAGUUUCUCGGCCAACUUCAACGAAGAGCAAGUGGUGAGCCGCAAGAGCAUCAUCGAUAGUGCAACGUCGCCAUUCGAGACGGGUGCUGGUAGCGCCGGGAAUCGAUCUAGUAAUAACAACCAUAGUGGCAUCGGUAUGGCAUACGAGCGGGAUUUGAGCGAGAGGCGUCAUCUAGAGGAUGUGACAAAUCACACCAACAGUGGAGUGAACAAUAACAAUAUUCAUCACUACAAUAAUAAUAACAAUAACAACAACAACAGCGAUGAAUACGGAAGCGAGAAUGAGAAUCAGCGCAAGGCUAAGCUAGUGAUCGGAACCGAUGCGACCAAUCUGGACCCGAGCUCUGUCGAUGAGAUGGAACGGAGAAAGGAAAAGAUUAUGCUGCUUUCGCUGCAGCGACGGCAGCAGGCCGAGGAAGCCAAAGCACGCAAGGAAAUUGAUGCCAUGCAGCGAAGAGAAAAGGAACGGGAAAAGGAGGAGGAACGUGCGCGGAAAAAGGAAGAACAGUUUGCCCGGCGUCAGGCUAUCCUGGAGGCGCACAAACUCAAAAAGGCCAUCGAAGAAGCAGAGAGAGAGGGUAAAACCAUCGAUCGGGAGCUGCUUAUCAAACACCAGCAACAUCAAGCACUGUUGCAUCAGUCCCCAGCCGCACAAAUGCACCAAACUUCCACACCAGCAGCCAAAAUGCGACCACAGAAGCUCAAUCGACCGAGGCCCAAAACGAUACACGUCGAGACGGGUUCGAUUGAUCUGAGCGAAACUUCCAGCCUCAGUAGUCGAGGCAAAAAGGGGUCCAACUCCAAUUUGACCGGAAUCGGCCUGCAAAGCUCAAACUCUAUGCGUCGAGAUUACUACAGAGGGUCACAGGAUUCGUUAGCUAUUAGAGAAUCACCGGAUGAAUAUCCUAGUAGCAGCUCAACACCGAUAGGGCGAAGAGGCUCGUACAAAACUGGAAGAGAACCAGCGACGAUCGAACGAGGUCGUACCUUAUCACGUAUCUCGCUAGCGAAAGGUGCCAAUUUCCGGGGACGUAAAUCCAACUCCCUGAUGAAUCUAUGCGAUUCCGACUCCGGCCUGGGACGUGCGACGCCCCCGAGACGCGCUCCGUCGCCAGGCAUGGGACCCUCGAGUCGGCACCUACCGUCUCCCUCUGGUCCCGGUUCGUUGCCACCCGGACUGAUAACCAAACGUCGGGGUUUCGAUGAUGGAUCCAGCGACAUUUCCUCCACCGCCAGUUCAAUGAUGGACUACAACGGUCCAAAGAUUUAUAAACAACCUGCCACUAAGUCGAACCGAGGUAUCAUCUUGAAUGCCGUCGAAUACUGUGUCUUCCCGGGGGCGGUGAAUCGUGAGGCGAAACAAAAAGUGCUGGAAAAGAUAGCCCGAUCCGAGGCGAAACACUUCCUGGUGCUGUUUCGCGAUGCGGGCUGUCAGUUUCGUGCACUGUAUGGUUACUGGCCGGAAAAUGAGCAAAUCAUCAAACUGUACGGCACCGGGCCGAGCCAGGUGGACGAUGUGAUGUUCGAUAAGUUUUUCAAAUACAACUCCGGCGGCAAAUGCUUCGCACAAGUGCACACCAAGCACCUGACUGUGACGAUCGACGCUUUCACGAUACACAACUCACUGUGGCAAGGUAAGAAGGCGAAUCUGCCGAGCAAAAAGGAUAUGGCGCUAGUGAUUUGAGGCGGCAACCGGUGACGAUAGUCAGCGCCAACUGCGAAUGGUGGUAACGAUAACAGUUAUAACAGUGCGUGAAACUAACCGCUAACUCCUCGUCUACUCCUCCUCUCCUGCGUUGCCGGCAAGGUAGGUGGAUUCAAUGUGUUCCUUCGGGGAACCACCUCGCGCACAGGAUAAGCCGAAAUGUUUUGGAUUUGGACUGUAGUUACGCAAUACAACUACGAUUGAUCGUUACGAUUAUGUACACUGUGUCAAAGCUAACAAGUUGCUAGCAACAACCAUCAGGAAAGGGAUAGUAUUUUCGCUUAGUGUUGUUUUGUCGCGUUUUAUUUGAGAACAACUAAAACGAAUUGAGUAGAUAUUGUAGGUCCUGCACAAACCCAGGAGCAACAAGUAAAACCGGAAAGUAAGAAUAAAAUGCUCGCUUUGCAAUAUGCGAUUUGAUAUUUCACGCUGGCGGCAACAGGAUUAAAUGCCCUUUGAAAGUCUUGUCUAUAUUUAUUUAACACAAAUUGUUACGACCCCAAUCGCGUAUCUUACCGCGUAUUUUUCACAUUGAUUAAACACAUGUUUAUUUGUAAAAAAAAUAGUUUCUUUCGAAUCCCUUCGAAUGUAGUACCAAACUCCAAACAAUUUAUGCAUGCUUAUUCAGAAAUCCGAUAGACAACUGUAAAUAGUUAUAAAUAUAAAUUAGUUAGUGCUCUCUUCCUUGAGUUUAUACAGUGAAAAUCUAGGUCAAGCCUAUUAAAAACACACUUCUAAAAAUUUUAUAAAAUAUUGACAGAAUAAAAGAACCAUUUGAUCGUUAUCCGUUGCAAACAGGACGGGAAAUAUAUGUUUCCAGGUCUUCAACAACAUUUUCCGGUUUUAGAAUAAAUAAUGCCUUGAACUUAUCCCCUCCUGA